GUGGUAAGAAACCUGAUGAAGCAGAGCUCAGGUAUUCUCCGCAUUGUUCCACAGCGACGCCCCAUCCAUCGUAGGCGUUGCCUAAAUCAUAUAAAUCGCAGAGAUCCCAGCCUAUCGCCACUAACUGUUGCAUUUCUCUCAAGAGCAUCAUAUAGCAGAUUCCUCGAGUUGCCACUUCUAAGAGCCGACAGUUGUCAGAUUUCAGCUAUGAAGUUCUCGAGAGUUGCUGUGCUCCUACUCCUCGUCUUCAUCACUCAGUAUCUCUUGGCCGAGGCAAGUGACGACCAAAAGCAGAGGAGGAGGAGGAAAGGCAAAGGACAGGACCAGGGGCAAUCGCACGACGGGGGCAAAAGUAGGAAGGCAGAGUCUGGGUCAAGCGUGGGAGCCGAAGGGGACAAGCAACGGAAGGGGAAGGGCUCAGCCCCUAAGCAGGGGAGAUUCCUCAGCCGGGACCAAGCACAGUGCAAGUGGGUUUUGAGAGGAGAUGAAGACGCUGACAAGAACCUGCAUGUGGAAUGUAAAAAAGGACCUAACGAUUAUUGGUGUGACUUCACUGGGAAACCAUCCGCCUGCGCGAAGUAUUCGGGGGAUGCAAAAACCUACUGGAAGCAAAUCACCAGGACACUGAAGAAGCAAAAGGCGCUCUGCAGUGAGCCGUCGGCGGUGCUGAAAUCCAGCUUGUGUAGAAGUACGAAAGCGGCUCAUUUGAAAAUGACCGCAUCCAGCCUGCGAACCACUGCAGCCCCGGGAAAGGAGCAGCCGAAUGCGCCAACCCCACUUUCCACCGCGGACCCUGACGCUCCAGAUAUCGACAAAAUAGCUGCGGAAUAUUGCAACGAAAGAUGGGGAUCUGUCUGCAAGUUCAUGUUGUCAGCAAUCCAGGGCUAAGCCAAAAAGGACUGCAAUGUUGUGUUUCUAUGCGAUUGUCCAUUUUUACUUACUGCUUAAAGAAUGGGACUUUAUUGUUUGUAUAGCUGAUCAAUUAUAUUAAAGUUCCAUGGUUUAUAAAUGAGUUUGUGAAACGCAAAGUGCCCCUAAUUUAUUAACAGGCGUUAAACUUAAUACACGUAGCUACUCGGGACAACCUGUGUAGUACAGCGUUGUGGGCGUGACUAACCACGCCAAUAAAUUACAAAGCCCACAUUGCUGUCAAACCAUCAUAAUAAUAAUUCGGUUUGAAAUGACAAUGAAUUGGGUCCCCGGGAAGUCAUGCAGACUCUGUACACAUGUACAUUAUAUACACAUACUCCCACCUUCAGCCGUAUUUUGUUUUAUUUCAUGUCCUGCAUCGUCCAAUGUCACUUGUUGGGAAACGUUACUUCUGAUAACAGCACAACCUCUUGUUUUACUGAAAUUUCAACACUAUUGUAAAUAAAACCAGGUAUAUUUAACUAAAACUGGAAAUAAAAACUUUUAAAACUUUA